GACCAUAAUUUUGGAGGCUGAUUUCUUUCUCUGUUUUCUUUUUAUACAUAUGAGAGAAGGAACAACGGCAGCAGCAGAAAGACCAAGUCAUUCAUCAUCGGAGAAGAGGAGUCUUAUGCGAUGGAGAAUCACGUUGUUUCACCGGCCCAAGUGGAUGCAUCUCGACCGUCCCUCGGCUUCCCCCUCGGCACAGCUCUCCUCUUAAUCAUCAUUUUCAGCUUGAGUGGCAUCUUCUCCUGCUGCUACCAUUGGGACAAGCUCAGAUCACUUCGCCGAGAUUUCGCCGACGGCACCCACCCCGACGCCGACAUCGAAGCUUCUCCCUCCAAACCCGACCCUGAUUUCAUGGAUAUGAAGAAAAACCAAAGCCAGAGCUUGCCUGUAUUAAUGCCGGGAGACGAUAUCCCAAAGUUCAUAGCAUUACCAUGUCCAUGUCAACCUCCACGGCAAGACAAGGUGGAAGUAAAAGUUGAGAAGCCGCCCAAGCCGCCGCUUUUUCCAGUUCCUUUAUUGGCAAAUUGACGAUUUAUUGUACAAAUUGGACCAUUUAGAUUAGUUCUCCCUUGGUGGAGUUAUUUUCACCAGUAAAGGAAAAAGAAAAUGAUGGGUAGGAAAUUAAAUUUACCAUCUUUGGAUUAUUCCCCAGGUUUAAAAAAACUACAGGUAAA